ACACCUCGGCAACGCAUAUGUUAAGUCCGCCGAGUCUCAUCCCGGCACCAAGAACGCCGCUUGCAGGUGGCAUGAUCCCCUCGAAGACUAGGCCACAUGAAUCUGAUGUUGCUGCUGGUAGCUCUGCUGCUGAAGUCGGCCAUGCCGGCAUCCGGUGGCAGCUUCGAGGAGGAGGAGCUGUACCACAACGAGCGUAACGAUCUGAUCCAGCUUCGCGACUCGCUGAGCUCCGCCAUGAGCCUCCACUCCAACUGGACCGGCCCUCCUUGCCACAACCACCGCAGCCGGUGGCUGGGCAUCACAUGCUUCAACUCCAACGUCGUCGGCCUGGCUCUCCACGGGAUUCAGCUGACGGGCUCCCUUCCAUCCACGGCUCUUCAGAACGUGUUGCAGCUCGCCAGCCUUAAUUUCAGCGACAACGCCCUUCAUGGCAAUCUUCCGAGUCUGCAAGGCCUCGUUCAUCUUCGCGCUGUGUCCUUCGCCAGAAACCGGUUCUCGGGAUCGAUUCCCGCGGAGUUCGUCGCCUUGCCGAACCUGGCUCGGCUGGAGCUCCAGGAUAAUGUUCUCAGUGGAGCAGUUCCGCCAUUCGAUCAACGCACAAUGGCGGUGUUCAACGUGUCUUACAACUUCCUCGAAGGCAGCAUUCCCAACACCUCGGUCAUGCAGGGAUUCCCCAGCACUGCGUUCGAUCAUAACACGCAGUUGUGUGGACGGCCAUUGGCAAAGCCAUGCCCCACCGCUGCUGCUCCUCCUCCUCCUUCGGUCUCCCCUGUUCCUCCCCUCGGACGUGCAGGCGGCACAUUUUCUCCUCCUGCCACGUCAUCGAGCAGCAAGACAUUGAGGCCUUGGAUUCUUGUUCUGGUCGCCAUUGUCACAGCCACGAUUGCCUUCGUGGUGAUGUUUUGCUUCCUGUACUACUCGAAGAGGUAUUCUAAGAAGGCCAAACAGACAGCACAUGUUCCAGAAAAGGAAGCAAAAAGCUCAGAGAGCGUAACAGAGCCAAAGAAAAUCGUAAACUUGAUGUUCCUGGACAAAAAGAAGGCGACCUUCGACCUCGACGAUCUGCUGAGUUCUUCCGCGGAGGUGAUAGGGAAGGGGGUGCUGGGGAGCACCUACAAGGCGACGCUCGGGUCGGGUGCAGUCGUCGCCGUGAAGAGGCUCAAAACCAUGCAUGGGAUGAGCAAGAAGGAGUUUGCUCAUCAGAUGCAGCUGCUUGGGAAGCUGAGGCAUGAGAACCUCGUGGAUAUCAUCUCCUUCCAUUACUCCAAGGAGGAGAAGCUUGUUAUCUAUGAGUACGUCCGUGGUGGAAGCUUGUUUCAGCUUCUUCAUGAUAACAGAGGUGAAGCAAGGGUGCCUUUGAAAUGGGCUGCGCGCCUAAACAUAGUGCAGGGAAUAGCAAGAGGUUUAGCUUACCUCCACCAGUGCAUGCCCUCUCACAGAGUUCCUCAUGCAAACCUGAAGUCCUCCAAUGUCCUCAUCCUCCAUAGAAGCAUGAACUACUAUUCCAAGCUCACGGAUUACGGCUUCCACCAUCUCCUACCUUCAAGUCACAGCCACAGGUUGGCCAUUGGGAAGGCACCAGAGUUCUCUCAUGGUAAGAAGCUCGCUCUCAAGGCCGACGUCUAUUGCUUCGGUCUAGUACUUCUGGAGGUCAUUACCGGGCAUGCCGCGGGCGAUGGGGAGGAAGAUUUGCCGGGGUGGGUGAAGCUGGUUGUCAACAACGAUUGGUCGACCGACAUCCUCGACCUGGAGAUAGUGGCUGAGAAGGAGAGCCAUGGAGAUAUGCUGAAGCUGACGGAAAUUGCUCUGCAUUGCACGGAGUUGGAACCGGAGAGGCGGCCGACGAUGAGCGAUGUGGUCAGGAUAAUUGAGGAGAUCAGAGGAACCAGCAGUGGGAGAAGAUGAUGCUGCAUGCCAUCGAAGUGCUUGCAUUGCAUUGCAUUGGGUGUUUGUGGUCCGGAAUUCGAAGUGUACUGUAUGUACUAUAACAGCUUGAGUCGUUCAGAUAGAGCAUUAUUAUUCGAGGGAAUAAGAGAUUUACUUGUGCACGCAGUUCGUUGAUGUGAUCUGCUUCUUGCAGUCGAUGCGGGGACGACCAAGAGAAGUGAUGAAGAUGAGUAACGAGGCUUGGUAACACCUCAGUUGUGGUGCUCCAAGUUUUAUCCUCUGCUCAACAACUGUGGAUUCGAGGUGCCCAACCACAACUCAUGCGAAGCAUCUGUAAGUGACGUGGUUGCGGAUUCGGGUUUUGACUAGCAUGCCACAUGACUACAUGUCGAUGG